UGAAAUUCCAGACGGGUGAUUAAAACGUAUAUUCAACAAGGGUAUAACACCUGAAGUAAUGAAGGCGUGCUAAAUGCGUAUAUGCAACGCUAUAUGAUCCCAGGGGGCUUAACAAGGGGUUGAUUCAGCGAGGUGAAUAUCGUCGUCAAUGACUACGACUCUCUUGCGCACUACCCUAUCAAAUGCUAAUUUAUAUAUUGGUAAUCAAAGUGAGCAGGAAAAAAAGUUGUAUAGAAGAUAAUUCACAUCAACCCGAAUAAAAACGAUAAAAAACAACUCCAUUAUUGACAGAACAAAAACUUCACAAUAAACCUAAACAUUGCUGGUUUCAUGGCUUCUAAUUGGGGGAAGGAGAUAGAGACUCUGCCACCAGCCUGGGUAAAUUGUAUAAGUGGGGGGGAAGUAAUUGGAAGCGGAGGAUAUGGAUUCGUCAAGAAAUGUAAAUUGAAUACCGAACAUGGAGACAAUCAAACAGAAUUUGCUAUUAAGUUAACCUUUCCACAAACACGGGAUAGAACGUCUCCAGAAUUCAAGCAAUAUUUAGAUGAACCAGGGAUGGCCAUGGCGUUAGACCAUCCUAACAUUAUAAAAACUUACGAUUACAAUGAUCAACAGCAACUCAAAAAGGAUGAUGUUACUCUUAUAUUAAAAGGAGCAAAUUUGGAUCGUUUAAUUGCUAGAUUUAAAUCAGACCAUGAUCAAAUUCCUGUUAUACUAACAAAAAUGGAACUUUGCGGCCCAUCUUUACAGGAGUGGUUGGACAAGCAAGAUCUUGUGGGCGAGACCCUUAGCACCCACCAAGUUGGAAUAGUUGAAGGAUUAAUAUCAGCAGUUGAAUACCUUCAUAAAGAAAAAAUUUGUCAUAGAGAUAUUAAUCCGGAUAAUAUUUGUUUCUCUUGGAAUGCAUUGCCAGAUAAAUUAUGUUGUCUCCCGAUAAAACUGAUAGAUUUCGGAAUUUCUUGUAAGGUGAAAGAUAGUGAAGUAUCGCAUACAAAUGAAAAGCGUGGCACCCAGUUUUACAUAGCACCGGAGGUUUAUAACGAUGGUAAAUACGAUUUACGAUCUGAUAUUUACUCACUUGGUUUUGUAUUUUGGGAGGUCUUGCAAUACUUUAAUGAAUCAAGUAAAGAAAAAAAUUUCGGUAAUCUUACAGCUGAAAACCAUACUAUUUUAAUUGAAGAUCACAGUGUUUUUAUACAUGCACAAAAGAUAAUCUCAAGUAUGAUACAGACAGAAGUUUCACAUCGAAUAAGCACAAUGGAACAAGUGAGAUUUGAGAAAACAGGAAAUAAAAAAUCAUAUACUGCCAGUAAUAGCGAAGAAUUGAAACAUUUUUUGGAAUUUGGGUGUCAAGAUGGUGACGAGAUUAAGUUGUGUACAGGUAGCUUCGAGGGGCAGUUCCACGUUAAGAUGGCAAAUGUUAGUAUCAUGGGAUGCGAGAAAGUAUUAGGCAGCUCAAAGUUGGUCGGAAUUAAUUCAUGUAUUAAAAUUAGUAGUGGAUUAUGUACAUUGUCCAAUAUUGUGUUUGAUGGUGGUGAGAAAACAAUGUUAGAAAUUGAUGGGGACGGGAAUAAUUUUAAUUCACUUGAAUUUAUUGAUGCACAGAAUGGGAUUCGGUGUAAUGGAAACAAAAAUGAAUUUCACAACGUAACUUUUAUCCGAGUACACGAUGUAGGAAUGACAGUCACUGGAAAUUGUAAUAAGUGUAAUUAUUUCAAUAUAAAGGAUGCUAGAUGUGGCUUCAUAGUGCGUGGCAAAACACACGAAUUUAAUAACGUGUCAUUUAGUAGAGACGAAAAUCGAAUAGAUAAUUUAAUCGGUUUUGAGUUUAAACGAGGUGAAGAACAUUCCGUUCAUAGAUUAACGGUCACAAAUUUAUUAAAAGAAAAUAAAUCGGGCAUAGGAAUAAAAUUGUCACGAGUAACCAAAUCAGUUAAAAUAAGUCAUAGCAAUUUCCAUGUGGCUGAGGAUCACGGUGAAAAUAAUAAUCAUGAAUACCCUCAAUCAGAAGGUUUGCUGGUUUUCCCAAAGAAGGGAAUUAGGCAAAAGAUAAAUUAGUUAUAAUUUAUUAGUUCAAUCCACACAUGUCAAUCCACAUAGUUCAAUCCACAUAUGUCUACUUGUGCAAAUCACAGCAGCCUUUAUUCACGUGUUGAUAGAUAUCAGUUUACAACCUGCUUUCAAAUCCAUGACAUAAUAAUCUAUAAAAAUAUGAAGCUGUCAACUAACCUAAAUCACUAUAAAUAAACGAUACUAUAAAUUGUAAGGUACUCUCUGUUCAUUAUAGCCGUAGAGUCCGCAGCUCUUGGAACAGUUGAGUUCUCGGUCGUUCGGGUAUUUUCAUUCAGAAUUAAAUAAAUAUUUUUUACCAAAUUAAUACGAAUUUGGUUUUAAACUUACACAAUAAUAUGCAAUUUCUGAUCAAUUGGAGUAGGAAAAAUGCGUAGAAUUAUGGAAUUACUGCGUAAAAAUAAAUAAUUGUGAAAUCCGUGUUUAAUAUUAGUCAGAACAUGACAUUUGUAGUUAUUUUUGAACAUUAUUAAGUAAAAAAUAUUGCAUGGGUUUGAAGUCAGUAAACACUGUUCAAUCAAAUAUGUAUUUAAUUCUGAAUUAAAAUACUCGAACGACCGAGAACUCAACUGUUCCAAGAGCUGAGGACUCUACGGCUAUAAUGAACAGAGAGUACAUAAUUUUAAUAAAAGGUUUUCAAUAAAAGUAGAAAAUGUUUGCUCUCUAAUCAACAAUUUUGCUUCCACACGAUUCAAUAAAAAUGUAAGACAUGUUCCAAU